GAUGAAGAGGGACGGUUGUAGAGAGGUGGUAGGAGAGGAGAAGGAGCAAGUGUUCACCCGGACUGACCAGGAAUACAGCGCUUAUAUCGCAGAUGAAUCCGGGGGAAGGGGGUUACUGGAGGACAAGCUGCGUCGCCUCUGCAUUAUCAGCCAGUGACUGAUCUCUGGACUCUCGGAUUGAGCAACACUACAAGAGAAAAAGCAGCUUCCAAAUCAGUCCGAAACAAAGGCACGAAAGAGGAAAGACGCGGAUGCAAGAAAGCCAAUGGAAAGAGCUGCGGCAGGCUGAGUCGUCUCAGUGGCACCAGGGAAAGCAGCACUCUGGGAGGUGCAAUGCUUGAGAUCACUUUUAAUUUAAGCUUUUGGGGAGGAGUAUGAAAGAUUUGCGAGAACGGGGUUGGGGGGUGGAGGGGCUGGGGGGGUUGGAGUCAGAGGGCCAACGGAGAGUGACUGUGGUGACAGCCAGUGCAAGGGAACAAGGACUCAUGUGAGACACAGAGGUGGCAAGAUAUAGGGACAAAGAGGAGGAAGCCGGCGCAGCCCAAAGUGGACUUCAGCAUGGGUGUUAAGGGCAAAGCUGCUGCUGCUAUCGUAGUCCUGCUGCUGUUCCUCGGCUCCCUGUGGAUCCAAGGAGGUUUGGAUUACCACUGGAAACCUUGUUUGAAAGGAUAUAAUCAAGUGAACACGAUCCACCAGCUGUACAACAGCAGUGAUGGCGAUGGGGCUGAGGGCCCCAGAAUCUUGGAGGUGUGCCCUGGUCAGACGUUCCAGGUGUCACUCCUGCUCUCCCACCUGCUGGCAGGACCAGCCUACACCUCGGACGUGCUAAUGCAGCCGUAUCUGUCCAGCUGGGACGAGCUUGUGAAGUUUAUGGAGGCCCUGGGCCCCAUGGUGGGACUGAUUUCUAAAGAGAUAGAAAGCAAGACUUCCAUAAUCCGUCAACUGGCCCUGUUAGCAAAAGAGAGCCCCGAAGCCGAGCUGGGCCCGGAUAUACAUUCAAUAAACAGUGUGAGGACAGAGAACAAUCCGGAGGGCUCACAGCACGCUAGCGCUUAUCACUCGGUGCGCUCCAUGAUCUGGGUGGAGCUGAACCGAGGACUGGUGGACUUCAACCACCAGACGGACUCCGGUUGCAGGACACUUCUGCGUCUGCACCGCGCUCUGCUCUGGCUGAAGCUCUUCCUGCAGAAGCUGGCCGAGACGCCGGUGGGCGGCCGGCUGAGGAGCCCCUCGGAGCUGUGCCGAGAGGCCUACCAGAGCACCCUCGCCAACCACCACACCUGGUUCGUCCGCCGGGCCGCCGAGCUGGCCUUCAUCGCCAUGCCGGAGCGGGCUUUCUUCUUCAAGUUGGUGUGCGUCAAGAGCCAGGAGGAGCUGAACACGGUGCUGAACAGAGUCGCUCGGGCCAUCGGGGAGGUUUAUGACAGGACGCAGAGGGCCCUGGAGGAAAACAACAUGCUGGACUUGCCAUAGUGAAGCGACUUGCACUGCCCCCGCGGCCUCCUGGGCUUCGCACUUAAACGUCUAGCUAACAGACGUGAUGAGAAUUCCACAAGGAUAAUUUAAUAAACUUUUCACAUGGGCCAUACUCCCCCAUUCCCACCCAAAGUGCUGCGUUUACAAUCAACUGAUACUGAAAGAGAGUUUGCUCUUGGCCUGUGGGCAAUCUUUAUUACACUUAAUGAGAUUAUGACUCAGCUUCUCACCUUAAAGGCAUUUUUAAGACAGCCGAUGCAUUCAGGCACAAGAAUUUGUAUUAUUCAAGCAGGUGCGCAUAUGACAUGGGGACCACACACCUAGAGCAACCCUGUGCAAUACAGCUAGCGGCCUUUGUUAAGCUUAUAGUGUUUCUCAGCAUUCGUCAUUCGAUUUUGUGAUGGAUUGCAUCAGAUUCUAGAACUAAUACGUAGUAAAAUGCAAUUGAAAAUGUGCUGUUUAAUUGUAGCUCAUGCUUGUGGAUUUAGAAUGGUGACUGGCUCGGUCGAGAUGCCUUGUGGCCUUUAAAUCUGGGACCAAUCCAUCCCAAUUAAAGAGAUAUUACACAACAGAAAUCGCCAUAUGCUGAACAAAAGGAACAAAUGAUGCUUCGUAGCAUCUGUGGUGUGAGUGUGGAAAAAUACAUUUCUCUGUUGUAUUUUGUCAAUUUUUGUAUCAUGUUCAUAAUUAUUAAAUAAAAAGAAACGAUCCAGAUGGUC